AUGGAUACAUCAAGUCAGAAUAUGCUUAGGAUGUUGAUCAGAGUGUUGACAGAAAGAAUGUUCAAACAUCUUCGGAAAUGGUUUGUCACUCACUUUUUUGGGCAUUCUCGGCAAAGAGCCAGGCUGGUCUCCAAAGAUGGAAGAUGCAACAUAGAGUUUGGCAAUGUGGAGGCCCAGUCAAGGUUUAUAUUCUUUGUGGACAUCUGGACAACUGUGCUUGACCUCAAAUGGAGAUACAAAAUGACCAUCUUCAUUUCAGCCUUCUUGGGGAGUUGGUUCUUCUUUGGUCUUCUGUGGUAUGCGGUAGCCUACAUCCACAAAGAUCUCCCUGAGUUCCAUCCUUCUGUCAACCACACCCCUUGUGUGGAGAACAUUAAUGGCUUGACCUCAGCUUUUCUGUUUUCUCUGGAAACACAAGUGACCAUUGGAUAUGGAUUCAGGUGUGUGACAGAACAAUGUGGCACUGCCAUUUUUCUCCUUAUCUUCCAGUCUAUACUUGGAGUCAUCAUCAAUUCUUUCAUGUGUGGUGCCAUUUUAGCCAAGAUCUCCAGACCCAAGAAACGUGCCAAGACCAUUACCUUCAGCAAGAAUGCAGUGAUCAGUAAACGGGGUGGGAAGCUUUGUCUCCUAAUCCGUGUGGCUAAUCUUAGGAAGAGCCUCCUUAUUGGGAGCCACAUAUAUGGAAAGCUCCUGAGGACCACAGUCACUCCUGAAGGAGAGACCAUUAUUUUGGACCAGAUCAAUAUCAACUUUGUAGUUGAUGCAGGGAAUGAAAAUUUAUUCUUCAUCUCCCCAUUGACAAUUUACCAUGUCAUUGAUCAAAACAGCCCAUUCUUCAACAUGGCAGCAGAAACCCUUCCCCAACAAGACUUUGAAUUAGUGGUGUUUUUAGAUGGCACAGUGGAAUCAACCAGUGCUACCUGCCAAGUCCGGACAUCCUAUGUCCCAGAAGAGGUGCUCUGGGGUUACCGUUUUGCUCCCAUAGUAUCCAAGACUAAGGAAGGGAAAUACCGAGUGGAUUUCCAUAACUUUAGCAAAACUGUGGAAGUUGAGACCCCUCAUUGUGCCUUGUGCCUUUAUAAUGAGAGAGAUGCUAGGGCCAGGAUAAAGAGAGGCUAUGACAAUCCCAACUUCAGUUUGUCAGAAGUCAGUGAAACAGAUGACACCAAGAUGUGACAGUGGUUUUUCAACAGGAGUAAAGUGAAUUCUUGAAGAUACCUAGUGACUAGAAGUAUUAGGAAACAAUCAACAAUUUGAGGAUAUGAAAUUAGAACAAGAGCCUUCAAUGUCUAUCAGCACCAUGCCCCUUGAACCUCACAGCCACAAUCUUA